AAGAGAGAAAAAAGAAAGAAAGAAAGAAAACCACACACACACACACACACACACACACACAAAAGAUUAUACUCAAGCUAAACAAUCAGGUCCGCGCGCGCUGCCCGCCCCACGAGUGGAGCCCAUGCGAGCCGCCUGAUCUCCGCAGCCCUGCGCUCCUCCUCGGCUCUCCUCUCCUCGCUCUUCUCCAUGAAGCAGCAGAUCAUGGCGGAUGGCCCCAGGUGCAAGAGGCGCAAGCAAGCGAACCCCAGGAGGAAACACGUGCUGAACUACGAGAACGUGGUGGAGACGGGCUCGGAGACGGACGAGGAUGACAGGCUGCUCGUUCCCGAGGAGGACGGCCUGCUCAACGGCGAGGGGAGUCCGAUGGGAGCGGCGCACCUGGGCCACGCACUGCCCUCUAAGGACGACGAGGACGACGAAAUGAGGGACAGCGGCGUGGAGCACACGUGGCACGAAGGCAACGUGCUGCACCCUUCCGUCGACGGUACUGAUGACAUGAAGGAUGAGUACGGCACCGUGGGUCCCGGAGCCAGCCUUGAGUCAGUCGGAAACGGUACAGUUAAGAACGUUGAUUGCACUUCGGAAUUUGAUGAGUUCUUUGCCAAACGGAAGCUGGAGGAUAGUGAGAGCCAUGUGGUCAGCAUUGCCGAGUACCUGCAACGUGGCGACACGGCCAUCAUUUACCCAGAAGCCCCCGAGGAGCUGUCACGCCUGGGGACGCCGGAGGCCAACGGGCCGGAGGAAAACGACCUGCCACCUGGUACUCCAGAUGCUUUUGCCCAACUGUUGACCUGCCCCUACUGCGACCGGGGCUACAAGCGCUUGACAUCGCUUAAGGAGCACAUCAAGUACCGGCAUGAGAAGAACGAGGAGAACUUUGCCUGUCCGCUGUGCAGCUACACAUUCGCGUACCGCACUCAGCUCGAGCGCCACAUGGCCACGCACAAGCCGGGACGAGAUCAGCACCAACUGCUGAACCAGGGAGCUGGCAACCGCAAGUUCAAAUGCACAGAAUGCGGCAAGGCCUUCAAAUACAAACACCAUCUGAAGGAGCACCUGCGGAUUCACAGCGGCGAGAAACCAUACGAGUGCUCCAAUUGCAAGAAACGCUUCUCCCACUCGGGUUCCUAUAGCUCGCACAUCAGCAGCAAGAAGUGUAUCGGGCUGAUUGCGGUAAACGGGCGCAUGCGUAGCGGCAUGAAAUCUGGCUCCUCCCCAACGUCAGCAUCCUCCUCGCCCACCAACUCAGCCAUCACGCAGCUCCGGCACAAGCUGGAGAAUGGCAAGCCACUGGGGCUCCCGGACCAGUCCAGCCACAUGAACAUAAAAAUGGAGCCCCAAGACUUCAGUGACUACAAGCUCAUGAUGGCCUCACACGGAUUUGGCACCCCUGGGCCCUUCAUGAAUGGAGGGGUGGGAGGCGGGAGUCCGCUAGGAGUCCACAGCUCGGCCCAGAGCCCCCUGCAGCACCUGGGCAUCGGUAUGGACUCGCAGCUGCUCGGCUACCCUGGCCUUGGGAACAAUAUGAGUGAGGUGCAGAAGGUCCUCCAGAUUGUGGACAAUACUGUAUGCAGACAGAAAAUGGACUGCAAGCCUGAAGAGAUCUCCAAGAUAAAGGCCUUCAUGAAGGAGCUUGGAUCUCAGAUGGAGGAGCAGAAGCAGGGGUUAACAUCCCCAGGCGCUCCUCCGGCGGGUCUGCCUGUCGUAAGCCACAAUGGUGCCACCAAAAGCAUCAUCGACUACACGUUGGAAAAGGUGAAUGAAGCCAAAGCUUGUCUGCAGAGCUUGACCUCGGACUCAAAGAGACAAAUUAGCAAUAUCAAAAAGGAGAAAUCCAAUCACAUGUUAGAUUUAGGUACGGAGGACAAGGUGCAUGAGAACAGUCUUUUUACGCCCUUUGCUUGCCAGUACUGCAAGGAAACCUUUCCAGGACCGAUCCCUUUGCACCAGCAUGAGCGAUACUUGUGCAAAAUGAAUGAGGAGAUCAAGGCGGUCCUUCAGCCAAAUGAAAACCUUGCACCCAGCAAGCCAGGGGCAUUUACAGAAAAGCAUACCCUUCUGCUGUCCUCCAUGUUGUCUGAGAAAGGAAUGGUCAGCCCUGUCAACCCUUACAAGGACCACAUGUCCGUGCUCAAAGCUUACUUUGCCAUGAACAUGGAACCCAACUCAGAGGAACUACUGAAGAUUUCCAUAGCGGUCGGCCUCCCUCAGGAAUUUGUGAAAGAGUGGUUCGAGCAGCGGAAAGUCUACCAGUACAGCGAACCCAGGACCCCACCACUAGCGCGGAACAGUGGGGAGAUGGUUUUGGCUCCCAGUAACCAUACUCCCACUAAAGACUCCAUGGCAGCCAGGUCUCCGGUGUCCCUGGUCAAGCCAGCUGAUCGCAUGACAUCUCCUGCCGUAGCGGAGCUACAUAACAAUGUCAACAACUGCGACACGCCUUUGCGGCUUUCGAAAACUGCCCAGUUUGCAGGAGGUAAGCCGAUGGGCGAGAAGUUGGACCACUCAAGGAGCAACACUCCUUCUCCCUUGAACCUCUCCUCCACGUCUUCGAAAAACUCCCACAGUAGCUCGUACACUCCAAACAGCUUCACUUCGGAGGACCUCCAGGCCGAGCCUCUGGACCUCUCGUUGCCAAAACUCAUGAAGGAGCCUAAAAGCAUAAUGACUGUAAAAAGGCGGCCAAAACCCAACGCUAUUACCAUUGACCACAACAGCAUUUCUUCACCACGUGAGCACUUGGAAGAGCCUUUAAACUUGGCCUACCUAAAAAAUGAAUUUGCUGGCUCCAACAACAGCAACCUCGAUAAAAGCACUAGCCCCAUAUUUAGUAUUAACCACUUCAGUGCCAAACCCUUAUAUACGUCACUUCCGCCACAGAGCGCCUUUCCCCCAGCCACUUUCAUGCCCCCGGUCCAGGCCAGCAUCCCAGGGCUGAGACCCUACCCAGGGCUGGACCCCAUGAGCUUCCUCCCCCACAUGGCCUACACUUAUGCAACGGGAGCACCUACGUUUGCUGAAAUGCAGCAAAGAAGGAAAUACCAGCGCAAGCAAGGUUUCCAGGGGGAGCUUCUUGACGGAACUGCAGAUUAUAUGUCAGGCCUGGAUGACAUGACAGACUCUGACUCCUGUCUGUCCCGGAAGAAGAUUAAGAAGACUGAAAGUGGUAUGUACGCGUGUGACUUGUGCGACAAAACAUUCCAGAAGAGCAGUUCCCUCCUAAGACACAAAUAUGAGCACACAGGUAAACGGCCACACCAGUGUCAGAUCUGCAAGAAGGCGUUCAAGCACAAGCACCACCUGAUCGAGCACUCGCGGCUGCACUCGGGCGAGAAGCCCUACCAGUGCGACAAGUGCGGCAAGCGCUUCUCUCACUCGGGCUCCUACUCGCAGCACAUGAACCACCGCUACUCCUACUGCAAGCGGGAGGCCGAGGAGCGAGAGGCGGCGGAGAGGGAGGCGCGCGAGAAGGGCCACCUGGAGCCCACGGAGCUGCUGUUGAACAGGGCCUACCUGCAGGGCAUCACCCCUCAGGGCUACUCUGACUCGGACGACCGGGAUGGAGUCACGCGGGACGGAGUUGUGAGGGAUGGCGCGAGGGUGGGUGUCGUUGCCGUGGAGCGGCAGAAGGAGGCCGGAGGGCCAUAUGUUAAGGCGGGCCGGCGGGAGGACGAGUUCGACGAGGAAGAGGAGGGGAGCGAGGUCAAGAGCGUGGACACGUAUCCGGACACGUUGAGGGACGAGGAGGAGAACGGCGAGCACUCGAUGGACGACAGCUCGGUGGACGGGAAAGCGGAAACCAAAUCUGAUCACGAGGACAAUAUGGAGGACGGCAUGUAACAAAACUACUGUGUUGGAAACUUCCCAUUUUCUUCUUCUUUUUUUAGUUUUAACUUGUCAUUCUUUCCGGUCGUAUUGUCACAACACGCUGCUCUGUUAAAGCUGUACGUGUACGUGCCUGAAGCGUCCUGGAAGCUUGUUUGGAAGGAAUUGGGGGGGCAGGAGGCCAUCGUGCCAACAGAGAUGUCGCUUUGGAGUUCGAGUUGGGGAAGGGAGGGUGGGGUUGUUUUAAAACAUGCAUUAUGCAAAAAAAAAGAUUAAAUAGAUAAAAUACAUUUUUUUAAAAAAAGUGUACAGUAUUAAGGCCUAAAAAAGUGUGGUGCUAACAUCCUAAAACCCUGUGUUCCAUAGUAUUUAUAGCACAAACUAGUAACUUGUACAAAUUGCACUCUGCUUCUAUAAUCACUACAAAAUAAUAAAAAUUAUUGCCUAUGUAUAUUUAUACAGUGUUUAAAAAUCAGUAGUGGCCGCACUGCUGUUCAUCAGUAUUAUUGUGUAUCUACCACUUGUGUUGUCUAUAGUUUUGCCCUUUUGCCAGGCCAAAUAACCACACAAUUUUAGGCCUCAGAAUUUCUUUAUGUGAAGGAACUUACAGAUAUCUGUGUGAUUUUAAGAUACCGAAGUCUUAAAGCAACCGUGAAGUGAAGGAAAUCUGUAUGAAGAAAUGGUGGAAGGACGGCGUGAGCGGUGAAGGAAAAAGCCUUCGUAAGGUGUUUUUUUAAAUGAGAAAAAGCCUUAUAUGCAAUCCUUUUAAUCUGUGUGUUUCUGCAAGUGCCAUCCUUGUACAGUGUGAAGAGGACGACUGCGUUACCUCUGCACCAGCUUCAGUGUUCAGAAAUAGCUCACCUUGUUCUUUGAAGCACCCAUGUCAGUAUUAGAAAAAUAGGCAGCAGUUCCUUAGUUUACAUUUGUUUGUGCAAUUUUCUGUAUUUUUAAUUAACUUUUGUCAGUAUUACACCAAACCUUUUUUUAUUUUUUUUUUUUGUUGUUGCAACAUCAAAAAUUGCAUUCAUUUCUAGGUUUAAAUAACAUUUUAUUUAUGUGGCUCAUUUUAUAUUUCCUAAUUUUAUUUAUUUCAUACUGUAGUGUACAGUAUUAUAGUUCUUCAAUAUAUAGAUAUAUUUUAGUAAAGAGGAACAUGGCGUUGAUCAUUGGAGCAAAUUUUACGUAAAGAGAGCAUUUAUUGUGUUUUCAAACAUUAAUUGUGAAUUGCGAAUUUUCAAUUUUAUUAUUUUUAAUUGUUUUGUUUCUUUUACUUUCCAGUUACUGGAAAUUCCAAAUUUCAGAACUUUUGAUACAAUAUUGUGAAAACACUGUAUUUUCGACUGAAAAUAAAUUCCACUUUCUU